AUUAUGUUGUUUUUGGUGGCUCUUCUUCCAGUUGUAUUGGGCAAUGACUGUAAAUUCAUGCCAUUCGACUGCUCUGACAUCUAUAAGUCAGGACAAAAAAUCAGUGGGAUUUAUCCCAUCUAUCCAACAGAUGACGUUCCUGUCUGGGUUUAUUGUCAGAUGAUCUCAGAUGGGAACGAUGAAGACAAAGGAGGAUGGACGGUGAUUCAGAGGAGAGUGGACGGCAGUGUGAAUUUCUAUCAGCCGUGGAAUCACUACAAGAGAGGAUUUGGAAAUGUGGAGAGUGAAUACUGGCUGGGGCUGGAGAACAUGUACCAGCUGACACGCAACAGUAAGUACAUGCUGAGAGUGGAUCUGGAAGACUUUCUUGGAAGGAAAGAUUUUGCUCUGUUCUCAUCCUUCUCUGUGGGUCCUGAAGCUGAUGGGUAUAAACUGCAUGUUUCAGGAUUCAAGGCUGGAGGAGCAGGCGACUCUUUAACCGAACACAGCAAUCAGAAAUUCUCUACCUUUGACAAGGAUCAAGACUCUAAUGCAACUAACUGUGCCAGACAGUAUCUCGGGGGAUUUUGGUACAAAACGUGUCACGCAGCAAACCCCAAUGGUGUGUAUUUAUGGGGUGAAGAUUCCACUCAUUAUGCCAUUGGAAAUAUAUGGAAGACCUGGAAGAACAGUUUCACUGUUGGUAUGAAAUCCAUCAUCAUGAAGAUCAGACGUGUAUCUUAG